AUGUCAAGAGAGGAUCCAAUCAAAGCCGAAAAAGAUUUUUCAGCAACAUUAGAUGAACAAUUCCCAUUAAUUGAAAAAAUCCCAGAUUACAAGCAAAAAUUAGAUAAAUAUUUAGUAUUAGAAAAACAAACUCGUCAAUCAUCAGAUUUAACAAGUUCCAAAAGAAUUUUGGAGAAAAUAGUAUCAACAUUAGCACAAAAUAAGGAUUGGGAUUAUUUAAAUGAUUUAAUUAUAACAUUAUCCAAAAAACAUGGACAAUUAAAAUCUUCAAUACAAUAUUUCAUUCAAGAAGUAAUUAAAGAAUUGAAAAAUUUAAAUGAAUCAGAUCCUACUCAAUUAGAAACUAAAAUGAAAUUAAUUGAAACUAUAAGAGUAGUGACUGAUAAAAAGAUAUUUGUUGAAGUUGAAAGAGCUAUUGUGUCGAAACAAUUGGCUGAAAUAUAUUUAAAUAAGAAAAAUGAUUUAGAUAAAGCAGUUGAGAUUUUAUGUGAUUUACAAGUUGAAACUUAUUCAUUAAUGCCUUUCAGUGAUAAAAUUGAAUAUAUAUUGGAACAAAUUCAAUUAACUUUACAAAAAGGGGACUAUAAUCAAGCUAAAAUAUUAAGUAGAAAAAUCUUAUUAAAAUCAUUGAAAAAUUUCGAAAAAGCUGAUGAAUUUAAAAAGACAUAUUUAAAAUUUUUAAUUGAUAUUAAUAUAUUUGAUUAUGAUUAUUUAUCUAUUGUUAAAAAUUUAUUACUUUUAAUUGAAAUUCCAUUAGUUCAAGAAUCAAAAGAAUAUGAAAAUUAUUUAAUUUCAAUUAUUUAUUAUAUAAUAUUAUCAACUUAUGAUCCUCAUCAAAAUGAUUUAAUAAAUAAAAUACAAAAAAAUCCAAAUAUUAUUAAAACAGUUGAUUCUAAAAUUUUUAAAUUACUUGAAAUUUUCACAACUGAUGAAUUAAUACAUUGGUCAAAUAUUGAAUCUAUUUAUAAACAAGAAUUUACUACUUCAAAAAUUUUCAAAGAUUCAAAAAAUUAUGAAAAUUUACAAAAAAGAAUUAUAGAACAUAAUUUAAGAGUCAUAAAUAAAUUUUAUCAAUUUAUAAAAUUAGAUAGGUUAGCUUAUCUUUUACAAUUAUCAACAGAUGAAUCAGAAAAAUACGUUAGUGAAUUAGUUAAUAAUGGUAAGAUAGUUGCAAAAAUAAAUCGUCCAAAGGGAAUUGUAAAAUUUGAUAAAACUAAAAGAAUUGAAGGAUCAGAUCCAAGAACAAGUGAUAAUAAAAUUAAUGGAUUAUUAAAUGAUUGGUGUUUUGAUGUUGAUAAAUUAUUAGAAGAAGUUGAUUCAAUUGGUCAUUUAAUUAAUAAAGAAGAAAUGAUGUAUGGAAUUAAACAAAAAGUAUAG